AUGAUUCCUCAAAUCGAGAACACCUUCCUGCAUGAAAUCGAGCAAAGGACUCUCCAGGAUGCAUCGAACGCAGAGUUGAUCAAAACCACGGUGUUCGAGCUUCAGAACCAGGGCUUUCUUGCCAUAUGCUCGCGACUAGCCGUUCAUCUCUGUAAGAGAAACGCCAGCCUGAUCAAAGGUCGCGUAUUGGUUCAGACGAGCCCUUCAGCUGCAUACAAUUUCCAAGAGACUUUGGAUCAUGCUCGCCUAUAUUGUAUCAAGAUCAUGGCUACAGGCCCUGGACUGAACGCUGCCAAGGUUCUUCAAGAUCAAGGUAUUUCGACCUUGGGUACCGGCGUGUUUAGCGUGGCCCAGGCAGUGUCGUGCAGCCAGGCGGGUUGCUUAUACAUCAGCCCGUACUACAACGAAAUACGAACCCACUUGAACCCAGCACUGUGGCCUCAUGUCCAAGACCCAGCAUUAGAGCACCCGUUCUCCCAUCGUAUCGCCCAGAUGGUUCAAGCAUACAAGACCUUAUUUGCCGCCACAGGCAAAGAACAACCUUUAAUCAAGAAUGUUGACUUUCGCUCCUACAAAGAAGUUCUCGCCUCAGCUGAACUCGGCUGCCAUUCUGCAACUAUUCCCCAGGAUCUAUUAGAAGAGUUCAAGAUUCUAACACCUGGAGAUACCCCACUGCCCGUUUCUCCCAAGAUAGCCAGCCUGCAAAUCCCUUAUGCUGAUAAUGUACCUAUUCCUUCGCUAAGACUAGAAGAAUUGCUUACUCGCCAUCUGGGUGAAGGGAGAGGAUGUACUGGCAAAGACCUGGAAGUGGACUUAUUGGCUGAUGGUGGCAAGGCGUUAGACCUAGCUAUAGAGAAGGACUCGGACGCGGCUCGCAUGGUCAAGGAGGCUCUGGAUAUGUUCAUCUUCUGUGAGGAGGAGACCCGGAAGCUGAUCAAAGGGACAGCAUUAGUCGCAAGUCUAUAA